ACAUCCUCAUGACAUUUCUGUUCGCGAAAUGUCUUCGAUCAUUGAUAAAAAAUAUUUGCUGUUGAUAAUGUUUUUCUCAUAAAAUUACAGCUGUUAGAUACUGUUGUGCAUAUGCUUGUUAUAGAUGUGAACUUAAAAUUAUUCCCUUGCAUUCAGAAAUAUAAAUAAGUGUCAACAAUGGUGGAAGAUUCGAGUUUGAAUUCCAAUAAAUCAAAGACAAAAACUACCCGCCCAAAGGCGGUAUACUUGUGGACAGAAGCCGAUGUCCAGAAAUGGCUUCGAAGGCACUGCAGCGACUACUACAAUCUAUACUGGGAGAGAUUUCAUGAGCAUGAUAUAACCGGCAGAGCUUUAGUCCGAAUAAAUGACAACACACUUCUGCGCAUGGGUAUAACUAAUAAAGAACACCGGGAGGCAAUAUGGCGAGAGAUACUUAAAUUGAGAUUGAAGGCUGAUAUUGUGGAAAUCAGAGAUUUAGAGAGGAGGCACAACUAUUUUAAUUAUGACUUGUGACAUCAAGAUAGCUGUGAAAGUGAUGGCAUUAUGUGGAAGGUCCGUUACCCUUUAUUGAAAAAGUACUAUGUCAAUGGUAACAUAUACAAUAAACGCAGUGCUGUAGCUCAUCUCUACCGUGCCUUACUUGUUGUUUUAAGAGUUGUUAAGAGUAUAAAUAGAUAAACAAAAUGUUGCUAUUUUAAAAAAUCCUACUAUAUUAGUAGAUUUUAUUAAUCAGUUGCUCAUCUACAUAUUGAUGGUUUUAAAAUACUUAUUUCAUGAAAAGUAAAAAACACUUGUUAUUUGAACACAUGAAACGAAUUUAGUAUUAACAUGUAAAAUAAAAUUGUGUAAAUUAGAAAUUGCUCCAGUCACACUCUGUUAUGCCUUGUAUGUCUGUUAUAAUAAAAAUUCGUAUCUUGGAGAGUAACUAACGGAACAUCACAUCAGCACUGUGCUUGUAACACUGAUUGAAUAUUUACUUGUAUAGAGAAAAUAAAGCAUUAUUAGGUAUUGUCACUGGUAGAUCAGCUUCUAAUAUUCCAUCAGAUUUUUUCUUAUUUUGUAUAUUUAUCGUUCUUAGUAUGUAAGUAAUAGAACUGCGCACAAUACAAUGAAUGCAUUAAUAUAGAUAUUGAGGUAAUCCUCACUAUUAUAAUCAAGUAUAGUUCUCGCCUAAGUUUUUGGUGGAUCGGAACAUUACGGGAACAUUUUAAGGCCACAUAUGUAUACUUGUGCUCGGAAAUUAAAUUAGUUGCGAGCCGCGCCAUUAAUUUUGGCGAAAGCUGUGCCUGUAUUAAAAUAAAAAUCAGAAUGUCUUAUACAUAACUGCAUAGGUGAUAUCAAAAUACAAUAGAAGUACCUAAUACCUAGUUGUAAUUAGUAUACUGUACCUAUUUUACAUGUUCUAUUUUAUUCCAAAUUUUUGUAGAACAGAUUUUUAAAUAAAUGCUUGUAAAAUUAGAUAGGUAGGAAUAUAAAAAUUUUAAUACCUUUAAUAAUUCCUUUAUUGAAUGCUUAUUAUUACAAACUAUCAAUUUGAAGCCUAAUUAUGAAUGUGCUAAAUAGUAAAUAGUUUUCAAUACAGUAAUAGGUAAUAGUAACAAUGAAAACGAUUUACGAGUAGUCAUGAAACAUGUUAUCUUAAUUCAUGUAAAUUGGAAAUAAAACAGUUUUAUAGUUUCCUAA